CGCCCCACCCAUCUAUCAAAUGCUAACCUCCAUGUGCCAUCUAGAUCAAAGACGAGACUGGCGCCGGUACGCAUAUCCCGAUUACAAUCAUUAACCCUUUAGAAUACCUGCUUAUACAUGCAAGAUGUAACCACUCGCGGAGAAUACUACCCUGACAAGAACAUGGCAACUGCUACUGUACGUGAGCAAGUCACACAUUCAUGGGCUAUGCUAAUCUCGCAACAGAACCCGCCGCUGUACCUCCGUAUUACUAGCACCUCCAAAGAAGGCCUGGACAAGGCUGUAGAAAUGAUCGAGGAGAUGAUGAAAGAAGACCUUCCUAACCUGGUAGACGAACGUCGCUUCCGUCGUAGGGAGCCCGAGAACUUUGAGCGCGAUGAGUUUGGUCGACGCAAGUGGCCCGAAGAGAAGAUCUCUGUAGGUCUCGAGCCCAUUAGCGGCUUUAACUUGCGCGCACAGGUUGUCGGUCGCGGUGGCGAUAACGUCAAAUUCAUCCAGCAGGAGACAAGCUGCAAGGUCCAGAUCAAGGGUCGCGGUUCUGGUUUCAUGGAACCAAACAGCGGCCAGGAGAGCGACGAGCCCAUGUAUCUCCACAUCGCUGGACCUCGUCCUGAAGGUGUAGCUCAAGCGAAGCAGCUUUGUGAAGAGCUCCUCGAGAAGGUAAAAUCGGAUUACCACGCGUACAAGGAGCGCCCACCACCCAACCGUUACGGCGACCGAGAUGGCUAUGGUGGCGGACGACCCGGAUACGGUGACCGUGGUGACCGCGAUCGCAGCCAGAGCUACGGAUAUGGUGGAGGAAGCGGCGGGGGCGGUGGCUACGGCGGUGGUGGCUACGGCAGUCAGGGAGGUCACAACGGUUACGGCGCACAAGAGACUAUCAUGUCCCCUGCUGCUGCUACACCGACCGCUGAUACCAACCAACAAGCCUUUGACGCGAAUGCUGCACAAGCAUGGAUUGCUUACUACCAGCAAAACCCAGAGGCUGACCCUUAUGCUGCGUAUGGUGGGUAUGCGGCGUAUCUCGCACUUCAGCAACAGCAGUACGCUGCGUACUACGGCCAGACUGGUGCUCAGACUGGUUAUGGACAGACACAGUCUCCAGCUCCCGGUGCUGGCGCGGCUGCACCACCUCCGCCACCACCUUCAGAACCUGCUUCUGGCUAUGGCUCUGCUCCGCCGCCGCCUCCACCAGCUGCAUCGCCCUCCAACUACGGAGCGGUCCCCCCACCUCCUGGCUUGUAAGUGUGGAGCAACGACUAUGAUCUCGCGCUUACGACAGCCUUUCAACUUGACUUGAUUGAUUCAACCUAGUUCGAUUUGCCUUUGCGUAUUGACUCACAGUGUGGUGGAUUUGGUUGCAAGAGUUCCUCUAUCGCUUCGGCGCGUUUAGUUUCGUCAUUGUUUGAUACGCGCACGGAGCACCGUCUUGGGCACGGUAAUAGUCUGCCGAUUUGGAGUUGGCACUUUAUGCAGGAUACCGAUGC